UAUAUAUGAAAAAAAUCCUGUUCAUAAUGAUGGUAAUCACAAGUUCAGGCCUGCACUACAGAAUUAGCAUGUUAGACAGUCGUCGAAUUUGUAUCCAAAAGACAAUAAAAUCACGUGUCGACCGAGUACUUAUUUUCACUUAAUUUGAUAGCAAAUAGCCGAUUCUAGGUCUAACGUUAACUUUAUGUCGCACGUGUAAUACCGUGGCCUAAAGCUGAUUCAGUGUUGACAGAAAAUGUGCUGCCACAACGCUCGCUCUCGAUUAGGACACGAUGUACAAGCAUGUGUAGCCUACUGUUUACUGUGUGUACAGUUUUUGAGUUUAUUAUACCUUUCGAACAGACCAAAUAAACCCAAUAAGAGGGUCAGCAAGGAGGGCAAAGACCGGUUUGAACGUCGCAUCACAAGACUGAGAAAACAUCAUAAUGAAUGCUCCAGGAGACAUUCAGCUAGACAGAAGGCUAAGGAAAGUUCAAAGCAAACACCAGUUGUUGGCCCCAUCAUGCCCCACCAGACCCCAGAUGAUCAGGUCCCGUCUCCCCUCAAAAAGGACAUCCUUGCCUUACAGCUGAUGUGCAGAGAACGAUCCUUGGAGGAUUCAAAGGCAAAAAUGGACGGUUUCAUGCCUUCAGAUGUUACCAAACAGUCACUGUCUACAAAGAAAUCAGUGGACACAGACAGUGAUGUGGAUACGCUAAUUACUGAUUUACCCAGUUCUUCUGAAUCACCAAGAGCCUGUGAUAUCCCAGAGCUAAAGAGGACUGACAGUGUAUUUGUUACCAAAAAAUCCUUAAACACCAGUUGCACUUCAGAUGACCCAACCAGUUGCACUUCAGAUGACCCAGUUAGCAGCAUUGAUAACAGUGAAGAUGAUUAUGUGCCUGACUCUGAGAGCAGUUCAGAAGAAUCAGAAGAGAGCCUUCCACAGCCUUUUGCUCCCUCAUCUCCCAGUAUAACCUUAGAUGGGAAGGUUGAUACUUCAUCUUCCAUGAAUGAAGACAAGGAAUCUCCCCCACACGAGGAUGAGGAGACAAUGACUCAGUCGGACAAUAGCAGCAGUGAAGAGGUUUCAGUUAUGAAACUGAAAAAGACUGCAAAAGGCCAAAGAAUGUUCAACAAAAAGCAGUACUGCUUUUACUGCUCCAAACCCUUCUCCAAAAUGGCAAGACACUUGGCCCAAGUACAUAAAAAUGAAGUGGAAGUAGCAAAAGCUCUUUCUUUUCCAAAAAGUUCUAAAGAAAGGAGGAUUAAUCUGGAUUUUUUGAGAAAUAAAGGCAACCAUGUACACAACACAAAUGUUCUCAAAGCUGGCAAAGGAGUGUUGGUACCACGUCAGCAAUCCACUGCUAAACACGUGAAUGUUAAGGACUACAUGCACUGUUUAAACUGCCAAGGGCUGUUCAGACGAAAAGCGCUUUGGAGGCAUAUGCAAAGGUGCAACCUGGCCAAGAAGUGCCAGGUCACAAAACAAGGUAGAUCCAGAGUUCAAGCACUCUGUGCUUAUGCGCAGCCUGUUCCUGAAGGAGUAACAAAAAAAUUAUGGAAACUGAUCAGUGACAUGAAGCAAGAUGAAGUAACACAGGCAGUUAAAAGUGAUACAUGUAUCCUCAAAUUUGGAGAACACUUGUGCAACAAAAUGGGAAGUGACAAAACCAAGCACGAAUACAUCAGAACUAAAAUGCGUGAGGUUGGAAGGCUGUUAGUGUGUGCUAGGAAAGUGGGAAAUCUACAGAGUAUUAAAGACUUCUUCAUACCCUCAAACUUCUAUCACGUCAUCAAGGCUGUUAAAGAUACCUCGGGAUUCAGAGAUGAAGAUGAAGUCUUCACAAUUCCAUCCUUGGCAUUAAAACUGGGCCACAGCCUUAAAAAAAUGUCCCGUAUUGCUGAAUGUGAAGCAAUGAUUGCAGGAGACUCAAAUGAUGUCAAAAAUGUAAAAAUGUUCAUGCAAAUGUAUGAGACCAAAUGGAAUGAGCAUGUGUCAUCUUCAGCCUUGAAGACGCUUAAUGAAGCAAAAUGGAACUCUCCAGAACUCCUCCCUUUUACUGAGGAUGUUAAAAAAUUGCACAUUCAUCUCAGCAAUGAAACUAGACUGUACCAAGAAAAACUGAAACUUGAGAAAAUUCAGAAGAACUGGUCACAACUUGCCCAAAUUACUCUGUGUGAAGUUAUUCUGUUCAAUCGCAGAAGAGCUGGAGAAGUUUCGAAAAUGAGAUUGAAUUCAUAUGUUCUCCGAAACACAUCUGUUUUACACUCCGAUGUUGCUGAUGCCUUAUCUGAAGUUGAGCAGAAGCUCUGUCAGCACUUCCAACGCAUAGAAAUUAGAGGCAAGCGAGACAGAAAGGUGCCAAUACUCCUGACCCCAAGUAUGCUGGCCUCCAUGGAGCUACUUGUACAGAAUCGUCAAACAUGUGGUGUGCUAGAUGAGAAUUAUUUUUUUUUCGCAAAGCCAAUGACUGAAACCUCAUUUUACCGUGGCACUGAUUGCAUCCGGAAGGUGGCCCACCAGUGUGGAGCCAAACAUCCAAAGAAUUUGUCAUCCACAAAGCUGAGAAAACACAUUGCAACCUUAUCGAAAGUGCUUAAUCUGAGAGAUACUGAGAUGGACCAGUUAGCAGAUUUUCUGGGACACGAUAUAAGAGUCCAUAGAAAGUUUUAUCGGUUGCCGGAAGGGACUUUACAAUUAGCAAAGAUCAGCAAGGUGCUGAUGGCCCUUGAACAGGGAAGAGUUUCAGAAUUCAAGGGGAAAAACCUGGAUGAAAUUAACCUUGAGCCUAAUGAGAAAGUGAAUGUAGGUAGUGAUGAGUCUGAAAGUGAGGAUGAAGAGAGUGAGAUGCCACAGCCAGAAAAGCGACGUCAGUCCUCUUCAGCAUCUACAGAGGAAUCUUUGGUUGGCAGCCAGUCUUCGAGGGAGAGUGAGAUGCCUCCGCCAAAAAAGCGACGUCAGUCCCCUUCAACAUCUACAGAAGAUCUUUCAUUUGGCUGCAAGUCGGCAAAGGAGAAAGAGCUGCCUUCAAAGUCAGGUGUGUCAAAAGGCCAAAAAAGAAAAUGGACUGAAGAUGAGGUAAAGGCGGUGGAAAACAAACUUCUGCAUUUCAUCACAUCUGGCAGGGUACCAGGGAAAAGAGAGUGUGAAGACUGCAUCAGGUCAGCUCCGGUAUUGCUCCAGAAUAGAACCUGGGAAGCCGUGAAAUUUUACAUAAAGAACCGAAUUACAGCACUCAAGAGGGAGUGUGAGAAAAGAAAAUAAGAAAAUGUUAAUGGAAGAGAAAAGUUAAGUUUUGCACUCCAUCUUAACAUGUUUACUGCGCUGCAGUGUGUCACUUCUCUCCUCACAUAUAUGUAAAUGCUCCUCACAUAUAUGUAAAUGCAUUUGUUGUACUGUGGUACUUCAUAAGUAAAUGUUCAAAAGCUAUGACAAAUAAAGUUGUCAGGACUAAUUUUGCCAAAGAAUAAUUUAUUUUAAUGCAAUACAAUUGAAUGUAUUGCAAUGCAGUUGUGUUUAGAGUUGGCAGGGAGCAUUUGCUGACCUGUGUCUGAAGAAAUUUUAGGUGAGGUCCCCAUUGUUAACCUUUUUAACACACACAGUGACAUCAUUAAUUAGCAUAUCAAAACAUGACAUCACAGGUCCCCUGGGGGAUCUUCUACCUGACUGGGUCCUCAGCAGGUUGUAAAAUGUCAGGUCAGUCUUCUGGGGUUCAGACUCAAGUUUACAAGUGAUGGCUGUUAUAACAGCUGUAAAUGGAGUGUGGAUCAGUUUCAACCUUGUCUGUAAACCAUUCACAAAGGGUGGUUCCCACCAGGCUGCAUGCUGCCAUGUGUCCCCACCCGGUAGCAAAGACAGGUAUGUGUGUGUGUGUGUGUGUGUGUGUGUGUGGUUUACGGAUCGAGAGUAACGUGACUUGUAUUUGAAAUCUCUGGUUGAGAUUUGUAUUUUUCUUUUGAGUUGAAGUAUAAUUGGAUUGUAUUUUCU